AUGCCACCACAGGCCAGUGAGGGCCCGCAGACGGAUGGGAAUACCCCGUCCUUCUUCAGAGUCCCGCCUCCUAUCAAACAACUCUUCGACCGGUUCCCAUUGACCACGUACCCUGCCAACGACUUGCCGCAACGGACUCCGUCCGGGCGCGCGGACAACCAGCUAUUUGUCUUUAGCGACGCAGCGAGUGCGCGACGUGGGCGACCUUCGUUCAACCCCCAAUGUCUUAAGUGGCAGGCGUACUUGAAAUUUGUCGGGAUCGACUUCGAGAUCACUCCUUCGAACAAUCAUGCUUCGCCGACUGGCGCUCUCCCAUUCCUCCUCCCAGCAUUCCCCACCGAUGCAGCGGUCACAAUCCCCUCGCACAAGUUACAAAAAUGGGCCAUUGAGCAGGUCCACUGCGAAGAGGAACAGCAAUUGAACCUGCGCUUCGAAGUAUAUGCAUCCCUUUUGGAUCAUCGGAUACGCAAUGCCUGGCUGUACAUGAUGUAUCUAGAUGACGACAACUUCAAGGCCGUGGCGCAACGACUCUACGUCAACCCCUCAACAACCUCCUCCCUCGUUCGGGCCGCCCUUGGAUUUCAGCUCCAACAAGCUGCGCGGGACGAGCUCCUCAAAACCUCUCAAUAUAUCGACGUGGCUGCCCUGGAGGGAGACGCACAGAAUGCAUUCGAGGCGCUAUCAACCCUACUCGCCGAGGACGAGCACUUCUUCGGCCGGCCAAACCCCGGCCUAUUCGAUGCCACGGUAUUUGCCUACACGCAUCUGAUCCUGGACGAGGGGAUGGGAUGGAAACAUAACCGAUUGGCACAGCUGCUCAAACAGCACACCAAUCUUGUACAACACCGGGAAAGACUACUGCGAUUUUUCUAG